CUUAUAUUGACGUUGGACGUUAAAACGUCACCUUGACGACUUGACGUUUUUGUGUUGUAUUUCCAAGUCUUUGUAUUGUUAUAAAAUUAAUCCAUUAUCCAAGCAUUACAAAUUGUUUAAAGUGUCUACAGUUCGUCACUGAUAAGAUUAACGUUAUAAAAACUAUCGUUUGAAGUAUUUACAAGCUACAUUUGCUCUUGAGCUUAUUGCACAAUGGGUUGUGAUGGGGGAACCAUACCACGACGGGACGAACUAGUCAGAGUGAAAAAGAAGCCAGAGGCUAAGGAUAAAGACGCCGAACUAGCAUUUAAAUGGAAAUGUUGCGCGAUAACACAAGAAACCCUUCAAGAGCCUAUUGUCAUGUGCCACUUGGGCAAACUCUACAGCAAAAUGUGUCUAAUAGAGGCUCUGCUAGACAGAAGCGCUUUACCAGAGACAUGCAGGCACAUCAAAUCUCUAAAAGAUGUGAAGAAUUUGAACCUGACAAAGAAUCCCGAGUACAAAAAUGAAAGGAAGAAAGAGGGAUCCUUAGACAGCCGAGCUUCUCCUUACAUUUGCCCAGUCUUAGGCUUAGAGAUGAGUGGAAAAUUCAGAUUUGUGGCACUAUGGUCUUGUGGAUGUGUUUUUUCUGAGCGAGCAUUGAAAGAAGUGAGCACUAAGACUUGUCACAAAUGUACCAAACCCUUUGAAGAGAAUGAUGUUGUCAUUUUGAAUGGAAAUGAAGAGGACUUAGAGUUGAUGAAGACUAGAAUGGAAAUUCGAAGGCACAAAAACAAAAAAAAUAAAGAGAAGAAAAUUAAAGAAGAAAUAGGAGCAACUUCUACAAAUGGUGAAGCUGAAGGUCCCUCAAAUGGAGAAACUUCAUACAAAGCCGGAAAGAGGCCUACAUCUGAUGCAGGAUCUUCAUGUGCACAAGAAGCUAAGAAACUCAAGUCAAAUGCACUAAAACUUGACAAUUCUGAUAUGCUAAAAAGUAUGAUAGUGACCUAGCAACUAUAGAUGCAGAUCUUAUCUGUUAAUAUAUGCUCCCAGAUUUUAUGAUCAAGAUAAAAAACUUACUUUUAAAAUCCAUAUUAUUAGUCUUGAGUGAAGCUGCCUUGUCAAAAAUUGGCAAUGUUAUAUCAUCAGGCAAGGUAACCAAAGCUGAGGAACUCCGCAAGAUGAAGCCUGACUAUAGUGUGGCUAAGGAUAAACAUGUAUCAGAUGUAUAUAAGUCUCUUUUCACAAGUCAUAAAUCUGAGAAAGAACAAAAUAGAGCACAUUGGGUGACAUAUAAUCCAUUUUAUAACUAGAAUUAUAAGCAAGUUGCAAGUAGUGAUUAUUUUAUUAUAUUGGACCCCAUAUGCAAAUAAUUAAACUGGUAUAUUGUACAGCAGACUUUAAUUUCAGCUCUUCCAGAAUUCUGCUUAUAUUAAACCAUACAUUUAGAAAAACCCACAGGCUCUCAGCUCCUUUCUGAGCAUGAUGUUUGUAUUUUUUCUACAUAUUAAUGUAUUUUGUCCCAAUUUUAGCGUCUCGUCACAAAAAGGGUGCAUUUAUCUGUGGUGUUGCAGCUUCCUAACUGGUGAACUGAUUGUUUAAAAAGUAAUAUGAUGAGUGUUCUCAGCAAUGAUUUGUGAAAUCUUUCCAAAUCUUGAGUUUUGUGAAUUAAACAUGACUGAUACUUAAAUUUAGAGUACCAUCACUUGUGAGGAG